UAACGAGGACAAACCUACGGGUGGCAAUGAGGGGUCAAUUCACCACAGGCGUUGGGUCAGGGGUGGAGGAGUCGGAAGUGAUUGGGAUUUGGGGGUGGAGAUUCGCUCACACACUGGAGCUGAGCCUUGAGCGGCCAUAUCUGCCGCCGCCGCAGCUGUGAAUGCAGCAUCUGCGCUUAGCUGCCUUCGCGCUGCUAAGGUUCGCGUCGCUCGCCCGUGGUCCGUGGCCGUUCCUGCCUUACUACCACCGGUAGAACCCUCUCCUUCUGACCUGCCUACCUCGCUCCUUCUCCGCCGCACCCCGGCUGCUCACACCAUGGAUCUCGGCAGCAGCAGCGACUCGGCUCCCGACUGCUGGGAUCAGGUGGACAUGGAAGCCCCGGGUUCGGCUCCGAGCGGGGAUGAAAUCGCCCCCGCAGCCACGGCAGCGGCUGAGGCCGCGGAAGCCGAGGCCCAGCGCAGGCAUCUCAGCUUGGCCUUCAGCAGUCAGCUCAACAUCAACGCCAAACCUUUCGUGCCUAGCGUAAGCGCAGCGGAGUUCGUGCCGUCCUUCCUGCCCGGAUCGGCCCAGCUGCCCGCCCCCACAGCCUCCAGCUGCGACGAAACCUGCAUCGGUGGCGCCGCGGAGCCUCAAGGUAAAAGGAUGGAAUGGGGAGCACCUGUGGAACCUUCCAAAGAUGGACCUUUAGUGUCGUGGGAGGGUUCCAAUUCAGCUGUUACCAUGGAACUUUCAGAACCUGUUGUAGAAAAUGGAGAGGUGGAGAUGGCCCUGGAAGAAUCGUGGGAGCUUAAAGAAGUAAGUGAAGCAGCGCCUGAGGGUUCUUUGGGAGAUGUAGGGCCCCCAGAAGAGAGUGGCAAGGAAGUGAUGGAGGAGAAAGAGGAAAUAAGGAAAUCAAAAUCUGUGGUCAGACCAUCAGGUGCUCCUAAGAAAGAACACGUAAAUGUGGUGUUCAUUGGGCAUGUAGAUGCCGGCAAGUCAACCAUUGGAGGACAGAUAAUGUUUUUGACAGGAAUGGUUGACAGAAGGACACUUGAGAAAUACGAACGAGAAGCUAAGGAGAAGAAUAGAGAGACCUGGUACUUGUCCUGGGCCUUAGAUACAAACCAGGAAGAACGAGACAAGGGUAAAACAGUGGAAGUGGGCCGUGCAUAUUUUGAAACAGAAAAGAAACAUUUCACAAUCUUAGAUGCCCCUGGCCACAAGAGUUUUGUCCCAAAUAUGAUUGGUGGUGCUUCUCAAGCUGAUUUAGCCGUGCUGGUCAUCUCUGCCAGGAAAGGAGAAUUUGAAACUGGGUUUGAAAAAGGUGGACAGACAAGAGAGCAUGCAAUGUUGGCCAAAACAGCAGGGGUGAAAUACUUAAUAGUGCUGAUUAAUAAGAUGGAUGAUCCCACAGUAGAUUGGAGCAGUGAGCGAUACGAAGAAUGUAAAGAGAAACUGGUGCCCUUUUUGAAAAAAGUUGGAUUCAGUCCAAAAAAGGACAUUCACUUUAUGCCCUGCUCAGGACUGACUGGAGCAAAUAUUAAAGAGCAAUCCGAUUUCUGUCCCUGGUACACUGGGUUACCAUUUAUUCCAUAUUUGGAUAGUUUGCCAAACUUCAACAGAUCAAUUGAUGGGCCAAUUAGGUUGCCCAUUGUGGAUAAGUACAAGGAUAUGGGCACUGUGGUCCUGGGAAAGCUGGAAUCAGGGUCCAUUUUUAAAGGCCAGCAGCUUGUAAUGAUGCCGAACAAGCACAGUGUGGAAGUUCUAGGAAUAGUUUCCGAUGAUGCUGAGACUGAUUUUGUAGCUCCAGGUGAAAACCUCAAAAUCAGACUGAAAGGAAUCGAAGAAGAAGAGAUUCUUCCGGGCUUCAUACUUUGUGAACCCAAUAAUCUCUGCCAUUCUGGACGCACAUUUGAUGUUCAGAUAGUGAUCAUUGAGCACAAGUCUAUCAUCUGCCCAGGUUACAAUGCGGUGCUUCACAUUCAUACGUGUAUAGAGGAGGUCGAGAUAACAGCCUUGAUCUCCUUGGUAGACAAAAAGUCAGGAGAAAAAAGCAAGACACGGCCCCGCUUUGUGAAGCAAGAUCAAGUGUGCAUUGCCCGGUUAAGGACAGCAGGAACUAUCUGCCUGGAGACGUUUAAAGAUUUUCCUCAGAUGGGUCGUUUUACUUUAAGAGAUGAGGGAAAGACCAUCGCGAUUGGAAAAGUUCUGAAGCUGGUCCCAGAGAAGGACUAAGCAAUCCCAUUUGAUGCCUCUGCACAUCGUAAUGUGCGAAAGAAAGAUUGUCUGCAAUCUACUGCCCAUUCACAGAACUGUGCCCAUGUUUUGCAGAGAAAUUUCACAGCGAAAAUCCACGUUUUGUCAGCUUUCUCAUGUUGAGAUCUCAGUCGUGUCACUCCUGAAUGCAUACUCCAGUUUCCUCCCUCUAUACCACUCUGCUUCCUUGGACAAAUCAGUAAUAGCUUUGUGCUCUCUCUGCUUCCUGCUUGCAGUUGAGGAUGUGAGCUCUCAGCUUCCUGUUCCAGUUGCCAUGCCUGCUAUUUGCUGCCAUGCUUCCCUGCCGUGAUGAUCGGUUAUCUCUCUGGAACCGUGAGCCUAAAUAAGCCCUUCAUUCUGUAAGUUGCUUCUGGUCAUGGUGUUUUAUCACAGCAACAGAAAAGUAACUGAUGAAGUUGGAAACCAGAGAGUAGUAGUGGAGAGUAGGCUGUUGCUAUGUAAACCAUGACCAUAUUUUUAGAGGAAUAUGGAAGACUGAAACUUUGGUUUAGAAAAGUGUUUGGAAGUUUUAAGCAGACUUUAGCAGGAGCAUGGAAAACUAGUGCAGAGAGUAAUUCAGAACGUAGCUGUCUGGCUCACAAGGUUUCAGAAGGGAACAACAUUAGCAAUUGGACUAGAGCCCAUUUCUGUGCUAUUUUGGCAAAGAAACUGGGUGUCUUCUGCCCUUUUCCUAAGAAUUCACCUAAGGCUAAAUUUUAAAAAGUAGAGCGGAAGUUCUAUCCAGGAAACUGUUGCAUGUGUCUAGACAUUGACCUCCUUCUGACAUGUUUUCCUUAAGCAGUUUCAGAUCUUCCAUUAAGACACUGGAUCCAUUUAUGUUGACUCUGCUACAGAGAGAAGGCAUCAUGCUUCGUUCUACAUCAUGUGAGUUGAUACCGUGUUUUCCUGCCAUCUUUUUAAGGGUCAGUUGGUUAUAGAUACAUAGUUAUUUCUAUAUGACACUGCUCUGUGUUUUUAUAUGCCAAUACCAUGCUUUAUAGUUACUUCUAUUUUGAAUAUGCAAUGCAUACUUCCAAACUUUGUUCUUUUUUUUCCCCUCAAGAUUACUCGGCUAUUCUGGAACAUUUACAUCUUUCUAGUUCUGUGGACAAUGCCACUAGCAUUUUGACAGGAAUUGCCUUAAAUCUAUAAAUUAUUUUGGAUAAUAUGAAUAUUUUAACAAUAAUUUUUCUAGUUCAUGAAAACUGUGGAUUAAUUUCUUUAGCAGACGAAAUUACAGUGCUGCAUAAUGCUGUGUUUGUGGCAGGAUUAUUGAUAAUGCUUUUGCAAGUCUAUGUAAAGAAAAUGGGAAAAAAGAAAUGUAACAUGUACAGUUUGGAGAGAUGAAGAUUGCGAUUGUUAAGAAGGAGGUUAACACCAUUAAGGAGAGGCCUGCUCUGCACUUGAAUAAAUGGAGAGCAAGACUCCACCCAGCUAAGCUUAUGAUUCUUCACUGUUCACAGAGAGCCAAUGAGGCUAAGCAGUGUGUGUCAAGGUCAUCCCUGCAUGAAGGCCCUGAGAGGCCAUUGCAUCAAGUUGUGAAAAUGAAGCCUGACCCCCAAGUUGUUAGUGAUGUCAGAGUUGUUAGAUUAUCUGCCAAGGAGAGCCGCAUAAAUGAAGUAAAUCCAGACUAGUUAGAGUUAUGUUUCAGGUAGCAAACCUGAAAGGGCAGAGCCAUCUAGGUCCUUUGACAUGGGACAUAGAGCUACAGGAUUUAGUGUUUGCCAUUCUGGGUUGCCUUCCUUUGACCAAUUUUUCCUUUCUAUGUCCCAUUUCGUCCAUUUUGGAAUGUUAUCAUUUGCCAUUGUAUGUUGGAAAUAUGCAAUUUGCUUUCUUUUUAAUUUACACGGAGCUACAAUUUACAGAUUGCCCUGAAUCUUCAGAAGAGACUUUGGAUGUUGGAAUUUUGAGCAGUGUUGAAGCCAUUAAAGACUGGGGACAUGUUUAUGCUUGACUGGAUUCAGUUAGAAUUAUGAUAUGACCAUGGGCCUGUGGAGGCCAUGGAGUGGAAUGUGUUGGCACGAAUAAAAAUAUCACUCAUGUAUUGGAACACUUGAUUCCCCAGUUGGUGGUGCUGUUUUGGGAUGAUUAGGAGGUGGCCUUUCUGGAGGAAAUGUGCCACUGGGAGCUGGUGUUGGGUGUAUCACCUACUGUCAAGUUUACUCUCUCUGCUUCAUAUUUGUAGUAGCGUAUGUGAGCUCUCAGCUUCUGGAUCCAGUAGCCCUGCUUGCCUCUUGCUGCUGUGCUUCCCUGUCAUGAUUUCAUGAUGGACUUUCAUCCCUCUGGAACCAUGAGCCAAAAUAAAUCCAUUUGUUUCUGUAAGUUAUGUUGGUCAUAAUUUUUAUCACCACAACAUAUAAAUAACUGAUAUAUUCUUUAAGAGCUUUAUCUCAAUAUUCUGUCAAUUAAGAUUAUGUAUGAUUUUCCCAUGAUUUAUUGCUUGCUAAAUAUACAACACACUCUGCAUUUCAGGAUUUGUUAGUAUCUACCCAUUGGCUUUAGCAACUUUAUAAAAUAUUUUUAUUCUCUGGAAAUUUCAUAAGUAUGUAGAAUAUAUUUUGAUCAUAUUUAUCCGACCCCACCUCCCACCAAAUCCCCUAAUGCCGUCCUCCCCUUCUCCCUCCCAAAUUCUUCUAGCAACUUCCAACCCGCUUCUCUGGAUUUUAUGGGAAUCUGAGGAAAUGUUACAUGAAGAAAGGGGCAAACCUAUAUUCCACUGCAGCAAAGACUAGGAAGGUUAGCAGAGGAAACCUUUUAGCUGGAGACCAGCACACUGCAUUUCUCGCAGAAACAUUUUUCUUUGACACCUAGGAACAGUUUUCCCAGUGCUUUCCUUAACUGCUAAAGUCACUGUUCCUAUUCUCAAAAGAUACAUCUCUCAAGUAAACCCUCUUUUCAAAGUAUCCUGAUUAUGCUUCGCUACAGUGUAAUGCAUUAUAAUAAGAAUCCCAGAUUUUUUUGUUUCUUUAAAAGACACAAAAAUUAGAAGAAUAUGGGUUUUUUUUUUGUCUUAAUCCCAGGUGUGGGAUAUGGGGCUGUUUCAGAGUGUCCACAGCAGCUGACUAUGAUUUGCUUCGUGCUCUGGCAGGGGCAUGAUUUUCCCAGCUGCAUGCUUUCUGCAAUGGUAUGAUAUUUGGAAUUCUGUGGACUUUUUAGCUGGUAUAAAACUGUUAGAGCCCCAAUAGGUGUGUUGUUGGGAGGUGGUUGUUCGGUUGUUGUUGGUUAUUGUUGGUCGUGGUUUGUUAAGUAGCUGUGUACAAAGAAGAAACAAGAAGUUAGAUAUCCUGAUGGUAAAGGUCAAACUUGCCCAGAGGAACUUGAUGCUCCUAAUCAGCAGGAAGUCUAACAAUAAUGCCAUCCUUUUUGACCCCUGAUUUUAUUCAGGGAUCUCUUUCCUUUCCUCUGUAUCCUUUUUUGUCUCUUAUCGAGUGUUAGGGGGUUGAAAGGGUGAGAGAAAGAACCCACAAAGUAAUCAAAGUCCAGCUACAAAAAUCUUUUCUUGUUAAAGUUUACAUAUAAACACUUGACAGUACAAAUAACACAUAUUUUACUUUUAAUUGAACUAUAAAAUAGUGGGGAUGAUUAGCUUUCAUGUCAUAUCCAUGAAAAAGAAACUAACAACCACAGACUCAAGAGCAGCUGACAGAGAUAGAAGCAAAUACUUACACCUAACCACUGGACUGAAGUCAUGGUCCCCUGUGGUUGAAUUAGGGGAAGGAUUGAAGAAGCGGAAAGGGAGGGCUACCUUAUAGGAGGACCAGCAGUCUCAACUAACCCAGACCCCGGGGAGCUCCCAGAGACUGAGCCACCAACCAGGAGCAUACAGGGGCUGGGCCGAGGCCCCUGAUGCAUAUAUAGCAGAGGAACGCCUUGUCUGGCCUCAGUCGGAGAAGAUCAGCCUAAUCCUUGAGACUUGAGGCCCCAGGAAGUGGGAAGUCCUGGGGGGGUAAGGGACAGCACCCUCUUAGAGGCAAGAGGAAGUAAGGAAUGGAUUGAGGGAGGGGAGACAGGGACACAACAACUGGAAUGUAAAUAAAAUAAUUUAAAUUUUAAAAAGGCUUUAACAAAUGAAAAAUUAUUAUAAAUGUUGGUUUCACUUAAAAAUGUUUUCUUUAAGUCCAGACACCAGGAAUGGGAGAAGCUCCCAGGACCCAAUGGGGAUCAUUAGCCAAAGUACCCAACACCAGGGAAGCACCUGAAGAGACCACCACCAGUAGUAGAUAGACAUGGCACCUCAGUUGAGGAAAGUGUCACUCACCCACCCCAAAAUCUUUAACCCAGAAUUGUUCCUGUCUAAAGGAAACACAGGAACAAAAAUGGAGCACAGACUGAAGGAAAGACCAUCCAGAGAAUGCCUGACCUUAGGAUCCAUCCUAUCUGCAAAAACCCAAACACUAUUGCUGAUGCUAAGAAGUGCUUGCUGAUAGGAGCUUAGUAUGACUGUCCUCUGAAAGGCUCUGCCAGCAUCUGACUAGGACAGCCAACCAUUGGACUGAUCCCGGGGACCAGUUAGGGAAAGGGCUCAAGGAGCUGAAGGGGCUUGCAACCCCAUAGGAAGAACAACAAUAUCAACCAACCAGACCCCACCAGAGCUCCCAGGGACUAAACCACCAACUAAAGAGUAGACAUGGGGGUUGGGGAUUUAGCUCAGUGGUAGAGCACUUGCCUAGCAAGCGCAAGGCCCUGGGUUCAGUCCCCAGCUCCGGAAAAAAAAAAAGAAGAAAAAGAAAAAAUAAGAGUAGACAUGGAGGGACCCAUGGCUCCAGCCGCAUAUGUAGCAGAGGAUUGCAUUGUCUGACAUCAAUGGGAGGGGAGACCCUUGGUCUGUGGAGGCUCAAUGCCCCAGAGAAGGGGGAUGCUAGAGGGGUGAAGGGGAGUGGGUGAGUGGGUGGGAAAGCAGCCUCUUAGAGGCAAAGGGGAGGGGAUGAGGUGUGGAGUUUGUGGAGGGGAGACUGACAGGAAAGGGGGAUAGCACUUGAAAUGUAAACAAAUAAAAUGAUUAAUUAAAAAAGAAUCCACACAGCUGCUACUACCUGCACAGGGAUGCCUGGCAGAGAAGACUAGUGUGAGCAGGAAUGAGGGGCAGAUAAGAGCAGUAAUGGGAGUGGAUGUGCUUAUAAAUCAGUGUACUCACAAGGAACUGUCAAAAGAUUUUAUAUAAUAAUUUCACUUAGAAGUUUUAUGUCAUGUAUAGUUUAUUAUGAAUAUUAUAAAUUAUAAAUAUUAUAUAUAAAUAUAGUUUAUUAUAAAUUAAAAAAGUAAUUCAUGGUUUAUUUACAUUAAUUAAUUAACUACUUAUAGUUGGACAUUGACAGGAAGAAAAAUUUGACUCAAGGCUACUCCUUAAAAAAGUGAACUUGUCUUAGAGUUUAGAAGAUGCUUCAUCAAACAUUUAGUGUGUGGUAAUGUUCCAACACCAUUGAAAUCAGAGAAAUGAAAAGAGAAUAAAGACCUCUGAAUGAGUGUGCCAUGUGAUAGAAAAGGGGAGGGAGCUUUACUUGUAUCCCAGAGAGAGCAGCAGCAUGUAGAAUAUUUAAUAACCACUUCCCACACAGUUCUGUCCCACACUCUCUACUAUGACAGAUUGUUUAUAGGAAAUCUGUCUUAACUUCUUUUUUUUUUUGAGCUGGGGACCGAACCCAGGGCCUUGCGCUUGCUAGGCAAGUGCUCUACCACUGAGCCAAAUCCUCAACCCUCUUAACUUCUUUUUUAUUGCAUAUUUUAAUGUAUUUACAUUUUAAAUGUUAUCCCUCCCUCCCCUACCCUGUCCCAUCCCCUUCCCCUCCCCCUGCUUCUAUGAGGGUGCUCUCCCUCCCACCUAUGCACUCCCAUCUCACCACUCUAACCUCCCAUUCGGGUGGGGCAUUGAGCCUUGGCAGGACCAAGGGCUUCUCCUCCCAUUGGUGUCUAACAAGGCCACCCUUUGCUACAUAUGCAGCUGGAGCCAUGGGUCCCUCCAUGUGUGCUCUUUAGUUGGUGAUUUAGUCCGUGGGAGCUGGGGGGUUCUGGUUGAUUGAUAUUGUUCUUAUGGGGUUGCAAACCCCUUCAGCUCCUUCAGUUCUUUGUCUAACUCCUCCAUUGGGGUCCCUGUGCUGAGUCCAAUGGUUAGCUGCAAGCAUCUGCCUCUGUAUUUGUCAGGUUCUGUCAGAACCUCUCAGGAGACAUGCAUAUCAGGCUCCUGUCAGUAAGUACUUCUUGGCAUCAGCAAUAGUGACUGGGUUUGAUGGCUGCGUGUGGGAUGAGAUUUUUCUUUUCUCACAUUUACCUUUAAACUCAUAUGAUUUCUUUUUUAGAGUCAAUGUUUAUAUAAUGUUCAUAUGCUAAAUUGGGUUUCAGCAAGAUCCUUUUAUACUCAAUAUUAAAUAGAAUUUGCAAAUGGUAUUUUACAUGUACCUCUUUUUGCAUAUGUAUGUGUGCAUAUAUGUAGGUAUAAUGUAUGUGGAGUGUGGAGUGUGUGAGGGGUGUAUAUAAUCGCAUGUGCACGGGAAGGCCCAAAUCUGUUACAGAGCAUUGCAAAGUUGCUCUUCAGUUUACUGAAGCACUGUCUCACUGAACAGAGCUUAGUGCUUCUGGCUUCCAGCUCAGCCCAGGAAUCCCCUCCCUGCCUUUCAAGUUCUAAGAUUAUAGGCAACCAAAGUGACUGCUCAGGUUUCAACUAGGUCGUGGGAAUUCCAACUCUGUACUACAUGCUUGCUGAGCAAAUGCUUCAUUCUACUAACUUACCACCACAACCCUAAUUUUACAUGCAUUUUCAGUCUCCAAUAAGGAUACUUUCCCCCUCUCUAUUCUGAAUAUCUUCAAAAGUUUAGGCAGUCAGGAUUGAAAUCUUACUCCAGUUUUUGUAUGAGGAGUUUAAAAAAAAAUCUAUUCGCAGUCAGACUGUUCUGUCCAGUCAUGGCACUGCUCUGUCACUUGAUAUACCAUAUACAGUACAUGCAUAAUUACAGAUAUUCUUUCUCACUUGUCACCGAGUCAGGAGUUCACUUUAUUCCCUAGUGCAGGCUCAGCCCAUUCCUACUUGCUAUACUGGAGUCUAACUGAACCUUUCCACAUCAGUACAUUUACAUGGUAAGUGACCAAUAAUGGCCCCCAAGAGCUUUUGCUAGCUUAAUUGGCAAUUCCUGAAUUAAAUUUUAAUGUUUUGAGUUUAUUCUUAUAUUUAUUUUUUCACUUUCCCUAAUUCGUGGUCUUAUGACAUGCUAGUUUUCUUUCCUUUUCUUUCUUUUUUUUUUUGGAGCUGAGGACUGAACUCCUCAGGGCCUUGUGCUUGCUAGGCAAGUGCUCUACCACUGAGCUAAAUCCCCAACCCAACAUGCUAGUUUUCUAAACUGCGUUUUAAACGGUUUUUGAAAGUAGUAUAUAAGGGAAUGAGUGGAAUGAAAUCCAUUUUUUAAAUUUUCAAGUACUUCCAUCCCAAGUAGUGCUAAUGUCCAAAUGGUUCAUCCUUGUCCCUGGUGUUCAAGGCACGCUAAAAGCAAAGAAGCAAACAACCCCUGUUUGAAUGGGCAGAUGAAGUGCAAACAUAUAUAUUUUUCAGUUUUGUAUUAAUUGCGUGUGCGCCCAUAUGUGUGCAUAUGUAGACAGGAGGUCAGAGGACAACUUUUGGGGAUCCAUUCUAACAUUCACCAUUGUUAAAGCAGAGUCUGGUUUCUGAUGUGCAACAUACUCCAGGAUAGGUGGCCUGGGAGCUGCUAAAUUCUCAGGCCUCUGAAUCCCAUGUUGCUAUACAAAGGAUUACAGAUACCCGUUUCCACAUCUGACUUUUUACACGUGUUCUGUGAAUCAAACACAGGUUGUUGGCUUCCACUACAAGCCCUUUUACCAGUCAAGCCAUCCCCCUAGC